CAACUUUGAUUUAGCCCUUGAUCUAUAGGACGCACCAAAUAAAGUGGUUUCAGAUGUCUAUUUCAAUGAUUGCAGAGUGAUAGCAACUGAAAGGAAACAUMAUGUUAUUUCUUACAUUUCUCGUCGUACUAACGUCGGCUACAUCGAUCAAAGCCACAAUUCAGAGAGAUAUUCUUACACUCAUGAACGAUCUACGUGGUCUUCAUUCAGCUGGCCCGCUGAUCAGCUCACCGACAGCAGCAACCUUUGCACAAAAAGCAGCCGAUAAACUUGCUAAAGACCACAACGUGAAUGGCAUAUAUAACCCACAUUUCAGUGUCAAUCACUGUGAAUUCACUGGUCAGUUUAGCAAGCUUGCGAAGACCUGUACAGUAGCCUGGUACACGACAAUGCGUGACCAUAGCUGGUGUAAUCCAACAGCCAAUGGGAAAUCACGACCAUUUGUUAAUAUGAUCUGGAAUACCACGGCCAGGGCUGGUACUGGAAUAUCAAAGGGUGGUAAUGGGAAGUACUAUGUUGUGACUUACUUCUCGCCAAAGAAGGGAUCAGACGUUAAAGGAAACGUCCAUCCAAUCAAAAUUGUAACAAAGGCCAGCGACAAAGCAAAGUGUGCCCCAGGCUACACUCGUUUCGGGUCAUCCUGCUUCAAGUUCCAUYCUGAGAAGGUCAGCUGGGAGCACGCCUUCACAAUAUGUGCAAACGAGAAUGCUACUCUAACUUCAGUUAGAAAUCAAAAAGAGGAAAAGUUCCURAGAAGUCUCCAAGAAAAAGGAAAGGGAAAAGGAUGGAUGUGGAUUGGCCUWCAUGACCGUACCGACGAAGGUAACUUUGCAUGGCUUGAUGGCUUAGAGUUUGCUAGCGGGGUCUGUGCUCCUGUUAGUGCCAAUGGAGGAGCUGCUGAAAAUUGCGUUGCCUGGACAACGGACAAGCCAAUCAGCUGUUGGUCUGACAAAAAAUGUUCUGAUCGCAAUUCGUUCAUGUGUAGGAUGCCCGUUGAUGGAAAAAUGACGUACAGAACAGAGAUAUUAUUCAAGAAAUUUCGAUGGAACCCGAACUUUAGGAACAAAAACUCCAAAGCCUUCCGAGAUUUGAGAAGAGGGAUCCAAGUGACGUUCAAUGAAGUAUUUCAACGUUCGUCUGGUCGUAUUGGAGGAGGACUGCGGUCAAUUAAAAUAAAAUCUGUACGACCACUGAGCAUAAAAGGACAGAAACGUGGUAUUGCAGUUACUCUGUCAAUGGAGUUUCGAGCUAAAGUGGCUGAUCCCACCCUGAAAUUUCAGAAAUUUUUAAGACCAUCGGAGCGUCUCAUCAGCAUUUCUGUAGAUAGUCCAGAUGUACAUCUGUCAGCAAUCGCAAGGACCCAGUGCUCAUUCCCUUGCAAGCGAUCUGGACACCAUUAUUGCCAUCAAUAUUAUAACCACCACGGGUAUAAUACAGGGACUUACAAUACCGUAUAUCAACACGCCGGACAUACAAAUACCGGAUACCAUCAUGGAUAUACAACAACAUACMAUGGAUACCAUCACCAUGGAUACCAUCACCAUGGAUAYCAUCACUGCCCUUCAUCGUGUGGACAAUAUACUUACARUACUUGUCCAUCAUACUGCCAUCAUUACUGCUGUAAUCAUCARGCAACGUCUACAGCUGUACCACCAACCAAGCAACCAACCACUCGAAAACCUGUAGCUACUGCCGUAGUGCAUACUGGGACACGUCCUGUUCCUCCUACAAACCCAUCGACUAACCACCUGGGAGGRUAUUCAUCAUAUCAGCCUUAUAACCCACAAUGCAAUACGUGUCACUAUCAAUACUCAUCACCCUUGUGCUAUACGUUCUGCGAUAAAAAAUGCUGUAAGGGACAUUCCUUGAAGAAAAGAGUAGACAACAUGAAAUCACAGAUCAAGAAAUUUAAAGCUAUGGUUAAGUACGGCAAAAACGCCGCCAUGUCCAAUGAUCAGAGUAACGUAUCGCCAUUGUCUGGUCCACAAGCAAAGGUCGCCAUGAAACUUCUUCAAAAGAAUAUUGCGAAACUGAAAGCUAAGGUUAAACAUCAACAAAAUAUCCCAGAUGACUUACUUGAAAAGGAUAUGGAAAAAGUUGACAAACAAUCUGGGGAGGAAAACGCACUGCCGAAUUUUGAAAGACAGCUCAAAGAUAUGGAAAAUGAUUUGAAUGGUAUUAUUCUGGACAAGAACGGCAUAUCUCCUGACCUGAAAAAUGAAGAUGACAAGGAAUUGGACAACUUUGAUAAUGAUAUACAGCCGCUUGAUCUUGCUAUUCAAGGAUCUCGAGAUCUUGACCUUCCUAAAAGUGUGCCAGCUACAAGAAUGAGUUAUCCUAAGCAUGAGAGAGAGAAAUUAAACAAAGAUCAUAAUGAGCAUUCUACUAAGAAUGUGUAUAAUGAACCGAAAGCUAAAUCAAGCAACCAUCAAAGUUACAGCGGAUCAUCUAAUGGACUUCAUGGUAAAAAAAUUAGUAGCCACAGCACGCCAAGUAGUUUUGUGAUCUCAAACAAUCAUCAGAGUGUACAAGCCCUCAACCUGAGCUAUUACAACCACGAGAGAGAAAAAGAGCCUGAUUACAAGAAGUAUUCUUUUAAAAACGAAUAUAAUAAGCCAAGCACUGGCGAUUCUUACAAUAGACCAAGCACUGAUCACUCUUACAAUGUGCCAAGCGCUGAUCACUCUUACAAUGUGCCAAGCACUGGUGACUCUGACAAUAAGCCAAGCACUGGUGACUCUUACAAUAAGCCAAGCACUGAUCACUCUUACAAUGGACCACAGAGUGAAACAUCGAACGAAAACCAUUCAUCAAGUUCAACUGAAUCUUACAAUGGUCCAAAAACGAAUGAAACAUACACAACCAAGUCAAGGAACGCUGGACCAGACAUUUCAACAUCUUCGAACGAAAAUCAUUCAACAAGUUCAACUGAGUCUUACAAUGGUCCAAAAACGAAUGAAACAUACACAACCAAGCCAAGCUCCUCUGGACCAGACAGUUAUAAAGGUCCAUCAACUAACACAAGCACUGACUAUUAUGAAAAGAUGAAUAAUACAUACAUUGGAUCGUCGGCUAAUACUAGUAUCACUGGAGAUGGAAGCACUUACAAUGAACCCAGUAGAAUCGACAAAUCUGAGCACACUGGAACGAAUGACACAGAACUUCAUGAAAAUCAAUAUUACAAUGAAACCAAUGGUCACAUUGGAGUUGAUAAUUACAAAAAAGGCAAACAUGGAAAUGAAGGUAUAAAAAGCCAAGCCAAAGAAACUGUAAAAAUCAAUACUACUACUUCAGAUCUCGAUAAUACAAAUAUCAAUUCAACACAAAAUGACAUGAUUGACGAUCUUCAAAAUGUCACAGCGAUCGAUAACUCCCCAGUGAACUUUGCACCAAUCAAUGCAUCGACCUCACAGGACACCAACACACCAAUAAAUGGCACCAACACACCAGACAUGACUCAUGAUGAUGAUGAUCAUAUAAUGAAUGAUGAUAUUGAAAGCAACAACCCAAACAACCAAGACAUCGACCACGAACAUAACCACCAAAAGAUGCUGAAAGAUACUGGUAAUCUAAAACAUGAAAAUAGUAUGGGAAAUACAACUAAAGAUAUGUCAAUGACAGAGGACUCAGCGGCGGCACGUAAAAGGUACAAGUUUUUGUAGAAGACGCGCAUGCUCUUCAGGUCCUUAUCAGUAUCUAUCAACACUUGGACAAUACUUAUAAUUAACAAUAACAACCUUGUUAACAAAAUUAUAUAUAUGGCAGUCUUAUCAAUCUUAUAAAACUAGAAAUGAUGUAGACAAGUUAUUGAUGUAGGUAUUAACCAAUGCUAGGGUAUGAUAACAUGCUUAGUUCDGUCAUUAGGUUAUGAAUGAAAAACAGAAUUAGACUCAUAUUCUAACAUAUUUGCCUCAAUGCUUAGUUKUUUAAUGGGAUUUWAAAWAAUCCAAGAURGCGGUCYAAGAUGGCGGAUCCUAAGAUGACGGAUAUUCUUGUCAAAAUUGCUUGCAGUAACACUGAAUAGCAUUAGCAUAAGAAAACUUAAACUAAAGUACAUCAGAUAACUAAAAUCAUAGUGUAAUCACAAUUUGAAACCUAAUGUAUACCUCAUAUUAAACUUUCUUAGUAAUUUAUUUUGUAUUUAAACCAAAUAAACWCAAAUUUAAACAAGAUAUUCGCGUGGUAUUUAAAAGCAUGGAAUAGAUCAUAAUCUUGGUUUACAACAAUCACAUGGCUUAAAAUCUACGUGAAAUAAAGAACAAAUAUGUGACGGCCAUGUUGG